GCGAAGCAGACGGUUCACACAGCAGCCAAAGCUGAUAAAUUCGCUCAGGGAAUAAAUAUCUGUAAACCGCGCGGCUGUGGGAGUAACACUUGAUCUUGGACGCAUGUGAGCGUACACAUACCUUGCUGGGACGAUACACCAUGGUUCUGACUCAAGUGCGGCUAUCUCUGCCUCUGCUCCUCUGACCACAGAGAGGGAAAAAAAAAGUAUCUGGAUCUCAUCGGAGAAAGGCUGUUGUUUCUUCUUCUUUUUUUUCUCACUGACUCUCAACGAAACAUUGCUGGAAAUAUUCUCCGCAUGGUGACCACGGAGCGGACUACCUGUUUUCAGCUGAUUCGCUCAAUGCGAGGGGAAGGGACUGGAAGACUUGCGCCCGUUGCCUUUUCUCUGGUCUAGUAAAGCACGUUGGAGAUCACUGGAAGAGGAGAAGGGCUGCUGUAUUCACACAUUUUUAUACCAAGGCUGUUAUUUCCUCCGAACUCUCACCUUUUACGUGUUUUGGUGAAUGGGGGUAACUCUGGUCCUGGAAGCUUGACACAGCUGGGACUGGGACUGGGACUGGGACGGGACUGGGUGCGUGGAGCGCCGGAUCACCCAGGAUUGUAUUCCCUCCUCACUCACUCACUCGCUCGCUCGCUCUCUCUCUCUCGUGGGUCUAUUUACAUGUCCAACCUGACCGCUUUAUGACAAUGGAUUACUUUCUGCUUUUAUGCAGCCUCUUGCUGCCCGUGGUGUCCGCCGUGGAAGAGACGCUGAUGGACACAAAGUGGGCUACGACAGAAUUAGCCUGGACUGCACACCCUGAGACUGGGUGGGAAGAAGUGAGUGGCUACGAUGAUGCCAUGAACCCCAUCCGGACGUACCAAGUCUGCAAUGUACGUGAGCUCAACCAGAAUAACUGGCUACGCAGUGACUUCAUCCCACGAAAGGAUGUGCUGCGUGUAUAUGUGGAGAUGAAAUUCACAGUGCGCGAUUGCAACAGCAUUCCCAACAUCCCAGGUUCCUGCAAAGAGACCUUCAACCUCUUCUACUAUGAAUCUGACUCAGACUCAGCCACAGCCACCAGCCCUUUCUGGAUGGAGAACCCUUAUGUGAAGGUGGACACUAUUGCCCCAGAUGAGAGCUUCUCCAUGCUCGAGUCUGGACGGGUAAACACAAAAGUCCGAAGUUUUGGUCCACUGUCCAAAGCCGGGUUCUACUUGGCCUUCCAGGACCUUGGUGCUUGCAUGUCACUCAUCUCAGUGAGGGUGUUUUAUAAGAAGUGCUCCACCACGAUCGCCAACUUUGCCGUUUUCCCAGAGACAGCAACUGGGGCUGAGGCAACGUCUUUGGUCAUUGCACCGGGAACUUGUGUCCCCAACGCCCUGGAGGUGUCUGUGCCACUCAAGCUUUAUUGCAACGGAGAUGGGGAGUGGAUGGUUCCCGUAGGAGCCUGCACCUGCUCGGCUGGUUUUGAACCAGCAAUGAAGGAAACCCAAUGUCAAGCUUGCAGUCCUGGCACCUUCAAGUCCAAACAGGGAGACAGCUUCUGCUCACCCUGUCCUGCCAACAGCCGUGCCAGCUCAGGAGCAGCCAGCGUUUGCUCCUGUCGAAACGGUUACUACCGCGCAGACACUGACUCUCCUGACUCCCCCUGUAGCACUGUUCCCUCUGCACCACGCAGUGUCAUCUCCAGUGUGAAUGAAACCUCACUUGUACUGGAAUGGAGUGAGCCACGUGACUUGGGUGGCCGGGAUGACAUCUUCUACAAUGUCAUCUGUAAGAAGUGCUUGCCUGAGCGGGGAAUGUGCUCGAGGUGUGACGACAACGUAGAUAUCUCGCCGCGUCACCUGGGCCUGACCCAGCGCCGCGUGGCUGUCCGUAACCUGCAAGCCCACACGCAGUACAGCUUCGAGAUCCAGGCGGUCAACGGUGUUUCCAACAAGAGCCCUUAUACACCCCAGUUCUCCUCAGUGAACAUCACCACAAAUCAGGCCGCUCCGUCUGCAGUGCCCACAGUUCACCUGAUGGCGGCCACAGCAAGCACCAUGAGCCUGUCCUGGCUGCCUCCAGAGAGACCCAACGGAAUCAUUCUGGAUUAUGAGAUUAAGUACCAUGAGAAGGUAAGCAGCAAUGAUCAGGGUGAGGCCAUCGCCCACACUAUGACUGCCCAGCGGAGCAACGCACGCAUCGAAGGUCUCAAAGCUGGUACACCUUAUGUGGUACAAGUCCGUGCCCGAACAGUGGCUGGUUACGGCCGUUACAGCAGCCCAGCGGACUUCAGCACCAACCUGCAAACCGACCCUCCAAAGUCACUGCAGGAGCAGCUUCCACUCAUCGUGGGAUCAACCACCACCAUCUUCGUCUUCAUCAUUGCAGUUGUGGUCAUCGCUAUCGUCUGCCUCAGAAAGCAGAGAAAUGGUUCAGAGUCGGAGUACACAGAGAAGCUGCAGCAGUACAAAUCCCCUAUAGUAACGCCGGGAAUGAAGGUCUACAUUGAUCCCUUCACCUACGAGGACCCCAACGAAGCAGUGCGCGAGUUUGCCAAGGAGAUCGAUGUCUCCUGCGUGAAGAUCGAGGAGGUCAUCGGCGCAGGUAACCCACCAAAGCUCCUGAGCUACAGGGGGAAGACUGCUAGUCACCUCCAGGCCAUACCGUUAGAGGACUUCACACCAAGCGGAGAGUUUGGGGAAGUGUGUCGUGGCCGCCUCAAGCUACCUGGGCGCCGGGAGAUCAUCGUAGCCAUCAAGACUCUCAAGGUGGGCUACACUGACCGCCAGAGGCGAGAUUUCCUUUCUGAGGCUUCCAUCAUGGGCCAGUUCGACCACCCCAACAUUAUCCGUCUGGAAGGCGUAGUCACCAAGAGUCGGCCAGUGAUGAUUGUGACCGAGUUCAUGGAGAAUGGAGCAUUGGACUCUUUCCUAAGGCUCAAUGACGGGCAGUUCACAGUGAUCCAGCUGGUUGGCAUGCUGCGCGGUAUCGCAGCAGGCAUGAAGUACCUAUCGGACAUGAACUACGUGCACAGAGACUUGGCUGCCCGCAACAUCUUGGUCAACAGUAAUCUGGUGUGUAAGGUGUCUGACUUUGGCCUAUCUCGCUUCCUCGAGGAUGACCCUACAGACCCCACCUACACCAGCUCACUGGGAGGAAAGAUCCCCAUUCGCUGGACGGCUCCUGAGGCAAUUGCGUACAGGAAGUUCACCUCAGCCAGUGAUGUGUGGAGCUACGGCAUUGUCAUGUGGGAAGUGAUGUCGUACGGCGAGCGGCCGUACUGGGACAUGAGCAAUCAAGAUGUGAUAAAUGCCGUGGAGCAGGACUAUCGACUGCCUCCACCCAUGGACUGCCCCACAGCACUGCACCAGCUUAUGUUGGACUGCUGGGUUAAAGAGAGAAACCUGCGACCCAAAUUCACCCAGAUUGUGGCCACGCUGGAUAAGCUUAUCCGCAAUGCUGCCAGCCUCAAGGUGGUCACCAACAGCACACAGUCCACUGGGGUAUCCCAGCCCUUGCUUGACCGCUGUGUGCCAGACUAUACCACUUUUACUACUGUGGGGGACUGGCUGGACGCCAUCAAGAUGAGCCGCUACCGUGACAACUUUGUCAACGCCGGAUUUGCUUCCUUUGACCUGGUCGCCCAGAUGACAGCAGAGGACUUGCUGCGGAUAGGGGUGACGUUGGCUGGCCAUCAAAAGAAGAUUCUUGGUAGCAUUCAGGACAUGAGACUACAGAUGAACCAAACACUUCCUGUCCAGGUGUGAGUGACAGGACACACAGACCGAUGCAGUCAAAGGACAGCCAGACAGUAAAAGGGGGAGGAACAGUGCCAGAGAGAGCCAUUGGAAAACCCUAGCUGCCUGACCCAUCUCUGCCAAUUAGACGCGAUGAAACUGGCUUGCGGUGCCUCUGACUAUUUUUUUUUUCUUUAUUUCAUUACCACUUCCAUUUCUUGUUCCUGCUUUUUUGUUUUUUCGUUUUUCCAUCCAAUCAGAAUUUGUGUGUUUUUGAAGGAGGAGAAAGAGUUAACCCGCUUUUAUCCCAUGCGUGUCUCACCAGCUCUGGUGUGGGUUGACGUUUGCAUGCAUGUGUGUUUUAGUGAGGUUGGCCUUAGCCCUGUAACUGAAGCGUCACACUCUGAUCCUCGUGCAAGAGCCCCUCCCUUUGACCACUCAACCAAGCUCUGAUGGACAUAAUAUAUAGUAAAGAAUGAACACCCUGGUACUAAAAAAAAAAAAAAAAACCACAUAAAAAACAAAACAAAAACAGAGGUGUUUUGGACCC